AACUGCGUACUGCUGUAUUCUCUAAGGUAGCAUUGCGAACAAUUCGAUUAGUAUCUAGAAAGGUGUUCUUACAUUUGCAUGAGCUUGACCUACGCUAUCAUCUAAGUCGAGAAACUGGAGCAUUAAAUAGAAUAAUUGAUCGUGGUAGUCGUGCAAUAAAUUUUAUACUUUCAUCUAUGGUGUUCAAUGUAGUACCCACUAUAUUAGAGAUAUCUAUGGUAUCAGGUAUACUGGCUUACAAAUUUGGAGCACCUUUUGCAUGGAUCACAUCCCUAUCAGUAGCUGCUUAUGUUGUUUUUACUCUGACUGUGACACAGUGGAGGACUAAAUAUAGGAAGGCCAUGAAUAAAGCUGACAAUGAUGCAAGUACCAGGGCAGUCGAUUCACUCAUUAAUUACGAGACUGUCAAAUAUUUCAAUAAUGAAGAUUUUGAAGGUGAAAAAUAUGAUGAGUUCCUAAAGAGGUAUGAAGAUGCUGCUCUGAAAACACAACGCAGCCUUGCUUUUCUGAACUUUGGUCAAAAUGUUAUAUUUAGCACUGCACUUUCUACGGCAAUGUUGUGUUCUCAUGGGAUUAUGAAUGGCCAGAUGACCGUUGGUGAUUUGGUUAUGGUGAAUGGGCUCCUCUUCCAACUUUCUCUUCCACUCAAUUUCCUUGGAAGUGUUUAUCGUGAGACUAUACAGAGUUUAGUUGACAUGAAGUCAAUGUUUCAGUUACUUGAGGAAAGAGCUGAUGUUAGGGAUAAAGACAAUGCAAAGCCACUUGAAUUAAAUGGAGGGAGCAUAGAGUUUGAAAAUGUACACUUCAGUUACCUUGCAGAGAGAAAAAUACUUGAUGGAAUAUCUCUUGUUGUGCCAGCCGGAAAAAGUGUGGCAAUUGUAGGAACUAGUGGCAGUGGUAAAUCAACCAUUCUUAGAUUGAUCUUCAGGUUUUUUGACCCUCAUUCCGGAAGUAUAAAGAUAGAUGGUCAAAAUAUCAAGGACGUAACCCUUGAUAGUCUUCGGAAGUUUAUCGGUGUUGUUCCGCAAGAUACUGUACUUUUCAAUGAUACAAUUUUUCACAAUAUCCAUUAUGGUAGACUUUCAGCAACGAAAGAGGAAGUCUAUGAAGCUGCUCAAAAAGCCGCAAUUCAUGACACUAUCAUGAAUUUUCCUGAGAAAUAUUCAACUGUUGUGGGAGAGCGAGGGCUCAAGUUAAGCGGUGGUGAGAAGCAACGUGUCGCCUUGGCUCGAGCGUUUUUGAAAGCACCUCCAGUUCUGUUAUGCGAUGAAGCUACGAGUGCACUUGACAGCACAACGGAAGCAGAGAUAUUAAAUGCUUUGAAAUCUUUGGCAAAUAAUCGCACUUCCAUAUUCGUUGCUCACAGGCUUACUACUGCAAUGCAGUGUGAUGAGAUCAUAGUGUUGGAAAAUGGAAAGGUGGUUGAACAAGGACCACAUGAACUGCUUUUAUCCAAGGCAGGAAGAUAUGCACAACUUUGGGCACAGCAAAAUAACACAGUUGAUGCAGCGAUGAAAGUUGAGGCAUGAAACUAGGCAAUCCCUUCUCUCUUCCUUCUUGUCAGAAGCGAACAAUGCAUAACAAAUAAGAGGCAAACAAGAUUUAUGGUCUUUGAGGGCAGCAUCUGAAUUAACAGUCUUCAAGUUUGUUUCCUCUAAGGAGUUUUGCUGGGCUGUAUUAUGUUUCAUAUUGCUUGUUAGACAUGUUGAUGCAUUAUCCCAGUAUUUGGGAUAAUAGCAGCAAUUCUUGGCGACCUCAUGUUUCAUUUUCUUACCAAUAUUGGUGUUUGUGGGCACAUUUUUUCUUUUUUCUUUAUUUUUUUUAAAAUUUUGAUUUAGGGUUUAUAGCAGUUGAAGUUUUACAGCAAACCUGGAAGGAGUUAUGCUGUCCUCUGUUAUAUUUCAUAUCGUUGAUGCAUGGGUUCAGACUUCAAAUGCAGAAUAA